AUGAUCUGCUUUUCAGAUAAUACCAUCCAGUCGAUUUUCUGCUGCUGCUGUUGCUGUUCCGUGCAGAAGCGGCAAGUGAGGACACAAAUAAGCCUUAGCAAAGAUGAAGAACUUUCAGAAAAAUACACACAGCGUCGCAGACCAUGGUUCAGUGACUUGCCAAGUAAGAAGCAAUCCAACAGGGGCCAUGGGCAACCAUCAAAACGCAAGCCACUGCCUCCCCUCCCACCCUCUGAGGUUUCUGAAGAGAAGAUCCACGUUAAGGCACUGUACGAUUUCCUGCCCAGAGAGCCCUAUGAUUUAGCCUUAAAGAGAGCAGAGGAAUACCUUAUCUUGGAGAAGUAUGAUCCUCACUGGUGGAAGGCAAGGGACCGCUUGGGGAAUGAAGGCUUAAUUCCAAGCAACUAUGUGACCGAAAACAAACCAACUAAUUUAGAAAUAUAUGAGUGGUACCAUAGGAAUAUCACUAGAAAUCAGGCAGAACAUCUUUUGAGACAAGAGUCUAAAGAAGGUGCAUUUAUUGUCAGAGACUCAAGACAUUUGGGAUCCUACACCAUUUCUGUGUUUAUAAGAGAUAAAAGAGAUAUGGAGGCUACCAUCAAGCAUUAUCAAAUUAAAAGGAAUGACUCAGGACAGUGGUAUGUGGCUGAAAGACACCUGUUUCAAUCAAUCCCUGAGUUGAUAUGGUAUCACCAGCACAAUGCAGCUGGACUCAUGUCCCGUCUCCGUUACCCAGUUGGUCUGAUGGGCAGUUGUUUGCCAGCCACAGCUGGUUUUAGUUAUGAAAAGUGGGAGAUAGAUCCAUCUGAGUUGGCUUUUGUGAAGCAGAUUGGAAGUGGUCAGUUUGGAGUGGUCUAUUUAGGCCAAUGGCGAGCACAUGUCCAGGUAGCUAUCAAGGCCAUCAACGAAGGCUUCAUGUCUGAAGAGGAUUUCAUUGAAGAGGCUAAAGUGAUGAUGAAGUUAUCUCAUUCGAAGCUGGUUCAGCUUUAUGGAGUGUGUAUACAGCAGAAGCCCCUUUAUAUUGUGACAGAGUUUAUGGAAAAUGGCUGCCUGCUUAACUAUCUGAGAGAGAGAAAAGGAAAGCUUAGCAAGGAGAUGCUACUGAGUGUGUGCCAAGAUAUCUGUGAAGGAAUGGAAUAUCUGGAGAGAAACUGCUUUAUCCAUAGGGACUUAGCAGCAAGGAAUUGUUUGGUCAGUUCUACAUGUAUAGUAAAAAUUUCGGACUUUGGAAUGACAAGGUACGUUUUGGAUGAUGAAUAUGUCAGUUCUUCUGGAGCCAAGUUCCCAGUCAAGUGGUCCCCUCCUGAAGUUUUUCAUUUCAACAGAUAUAGCAGCAAAUCUGACGUCUGGUCAUUCGGAGUUUUGAUGUGGGAAGUUUUCUCAGAAGGAAAAAUGCCUUUUGAGAAUAGGUCAAAUUUGCAAGUCGUGGAAGCUAUUUCUAAAGGCUUCAGGCUGUACCGACCUUACCUGGCACCAAUGUCCAUAUAUGAAGUCAUGUAUAGCUGCUGGCAUGAGAAACCUAAAGGCCGCCCGACGUUUGCUGAGCUGCUGCAGGUUCUUACAGAGAUUGCAGAAACCUGGUGA